UCCUCAGGAAUCAUGCACAGAGUCCUCAGGAAUCAUGCACAGAUCUCUCGCACUGUCAGAGGAUCAACAUCAUACAGGUGUCGACACGUCAGCGCUUCCUCACCGCAACGCUGAUCUCCCAUGUUA